AAUUUCAAUCGCACAUGUGAAAGAAACCACGAAAAAAAGGAUAUAUCUGAAUAUCAGAAACGGAUAAAUUUGAUAACUUACUGUAUAAAUAGAGAUUAUAUUAAAAGAAAAUGUGAAGUAUUUAUGAACGGUAAUAUUCCUACACCACUUGUAUGCUAUGUUUUCGAUGAGUUUAUAAAAAAGCAUUAUACAAGAUUUUAUGACGAAAAAAAAUGUUUUGAUGUUCCGCUUGAUCAUAAAGAUUAUAGUUAUCACAUUUCUGAUGAUUGUACACUGUAUAAUAUGGACAAAACAUUUCCAAAAAUUAAUGUACAAGACAAAAAAAUUGUAUAUGCUGAUGUGUCAAGAAAACGUAUAGAACAGUGCAAACAUGCAGAAAAAGUAGCUGAUGGCUACACUAGAUCAGAAAAUAGACCCCUUGAAUCUAAAGAUUUAGGUUUUUCAUCAUUAGUAGUUGUAAAUUCACCUGAUAAUAAACCUUUGAAACAGGUCUAUUAUUCUGGGUUAUCAGUAUUAGGAGUUGUUUUCACUUCAAUGGUUUUAUAUAAAGUAAAAAAUUGUAAAUAUUAA